CUAUCACAUGGACGGUGUAUGAUAGAAACACACGACCAUUUAUUAUUAAAUGUAUACAAAUAUAUAUUUUCGUAAGGCCAAACUAAAAUUCUAGCUAACCUUUGAGCUAAAGCUAAGCUAAACAAGGCUGUCAAGUCAAAAAGCUCUCGUGCGUCACUCCGUGACUGCGCAUGCGUGAAAACGGCGCGCACGCGCGCUUCAGGCGAGUAGAAGCCCCAUGCUAACGUUUUAGCUGAAAUAUCAGAAAACGUCUUGAAGCUUUGUGAGCCUCAGGCUUCAUGUGUUUUAUAAAGAACAGUAUGAGGACUGCGGUUAGCUGACAGAGUGUCCCAGAGGACGUGAAGGCAUGGCCGUCUCGUGUGAUUAGCGAUGUGAAAGUGUUCACGUUCGCCUUCUUCUUCUCCGUCGUUCUUCUUCGUUCUUCUUCUCUGGGACGGUUUAGUGUGACUGGUUCUCGCACAGGGAAUAUCCAGGAUGAAGAAAUUUAGUCUGAACACAAUCAGAAAGUCAUUGAGCAUAAAAGGGAAAGAAGAGAACGAGUACGCGGUGUCACAGCCGGACCUGUCCACCGGUUUUCCUUCGGAGCCUUCUCUUUACGGAGGCUGCUAUAGCAAGGACCUCGUGGGCGAUAAUUUGGAUAACGAGGAGUUGAAGGGAUGUAAAAGUCGCUCUAAAAGCGAGGGUCUUAUGGGAACGCUGAAGAGGAGACUAUCGACGAAGCAGAAACCAAAGGUGAAAGCGAGUUCUCCGUCCGUCUGCUCGAUCGAUGAUGACGCGUUCUCGUCGUCGUCGGAGCCCAUCACGUUUCGCGACCUGAAGUCACAGCAUUCGUCUCGAACAACAUCUUUACAGAGCCACCAUUACAGCCCGACGCCAUGGCCUCUCAGAGUGACGAGCUCGGAGGAGACAUGCAACGCCAGAGUCAGCGCGCUGAUCCCGUCCAGCAACUCGAGUUUAUCUCUCAACGCCGUCCAGAAGAACUUCCUGGGAGACGAGAUGUUUGACGGUCGGAGUCCCGACCCUCAGAACGGCGAUCUGGAAAUGGACGAUCACGUGCCUGUAGUCAUCGGCCUCACUGCUCAGGAUUAUAUUCAGUACACGAUGCCUUUAGACGAUGGACUUUUCGCCGGAGACGAGCCGCCUCGGUCUUAUUGCCUGGACGUAACGUCACCGAUGGACGUGUUGCCUCAGAGCGAGUGUUCUCUUCACGCCGACGAAGACUCCAUCAGUCAUGACCUCCUGUCUCCUGACAUUUUCAUGGAGCCGUCAGUAAACCGGCUCAUUCUGAACACCGCUAACGUUCUGUUGCAAAGCUCACGCCUGGAGUCUCCUCUGCUACCUCCACUUCCUGUUAGCAGCCUUCCUGUUCGGUUCGGUGGCACCCGAGUAGCCGAUUCGGUUCUGGAACAUCUCAGCUUUGAUCCGAACUCGGCUCCAGGAGUCCAGCGGGUCUACGACGCGGUGCAGACCGGCGGUCCGAUGGUGGUCACGAGUCUCACGGUGGAGCUGAAGAAACUGGCCAAGCAGGGAUGGUACUGGGGUCCGAUCACACGCUGGGAAGCUGAGGAGAAGCUCGCAAACCUUCCGGAUGGUUCCUUUUUGGUUCGUGACAGUUCAGACGAGCGCUAUCUUCUAAGUUUGAGUUUUCGCUCGCAAGGAAAGACGCUUCAUACUCGAAUCGAGCAUUCCAACGGCUCGUUCAGCUUCUACGAGCAGCCCGACAUGGAAGGCCACACGUCCAUCGUAGAGCUCAUCGACAACUCCAUCAGGGAUUCGGAGAACGGCGCGUUCUGCUACUCCAGAUCGCGUUUACCGGGGUCUGUGACGUACCCCGUCAGACUGACCAAUCCCGUUUCACGGUUUAUGCAAGUGCGAUCGCUGCAGUACUCGUGCCGGUUCGUGAUUCGUCAGUACACACGCAUAGACCUGAUCCAGAAAUUGCCUUUACCCAACAAGAUGAAAGAUUACCUGCAAGAGAAACACUACUGAGCCGACAGGAUGCACGUCGCUUCUUGCACUUUCUAGGAUGUCAGAACGAACAGUCUUCUCGUGGCUCGUCACGCCAUUAAAUUCCAUGUUUUUUACGUCAGAGGAAAACGGUGAUGUUUGUUUGUUUGUUGAGUGUUAGAUUAAGUAGCAGAUGAGAUGUUAAGACGGUGGGUCGAGUGAACAGGGCGUAUCACUCCUGCAUGCUCGUUUAGACGUCUAGUAUUAUUUCUAACGUGCGUUUUAAUUCCAGGAACAAAUACAGGAACGACGUAAAAUUUGUUUAAUCUUUGCCUUAAUGACAUUUUAGCACACUAAUAAGCUCUAAACUCGUCACGUUUCUUUACUGAAGGAAGGGCCUCGUGGUAAAACAUCGUGUCACGGUGUGUAUUACAGUGUUUAGUUUUACUGGUGUUUGAUAACAAAUUGUAUCGCGUUAUAAAUCUAAAGAUAUUUCAUUCACCAUAAAUAAAACUUUUAAUUUACCACAAUAUUCAGAUCUUACCAUGUUGCCCUCCCCUUCAAAACUUCUUUUAAAUGAAUUUUUAUCACACAGAUUUCUGUUCUUUAAAAAAAAAAAUUGGAUUGUUAUCUGUAAUGCGACGAACCUGAAAUCGAUCGCAAAUCUGUCUUUUAUUUUAGCAAGUCUUUAUUAAGUAUAAAUUUAACGAUUAAGGAAUUCCUAGGCUACGUUACCGGAACAGAUAUAGCUAGCAGCAAUGUUAGUAACAUUCGUUAGCCUAGCUAAGUUCUAAAUAAUGUAAAAACGCAGGUAUAGUGCGUAUGUGGACGUGUCAUGGAUAUAGCCUGAGGAUAUAGCUGAAUGCACAUUUCCAAAAAAAAAAAAAGAGGUAGCAGUAAUGGACUCUUUGUCUGCAUGUAUGCUAAAUCAUAAUUAGCGCUAAAUUGAAUCUCAAACUCGACGUUAGCCAGGUGUUAGCCUUCUUACGGAGUUUAAUACAUUCCAUUAAAAUUCCCUAAAUGGAUUCCUCUGUGUGUGCCGAACCGCUUUGUGUUCACGCACUAGCAUGUUGUGAAAAGUGAAAUCCCAUAAUGCACUGCAACAGAUUAGUGCCCACAUGAUGUACCUUAACGAGUAUCGAACACCCACAGUGCAAUCUGUAGGGAAUAGUGAACAUGUCCGGGAUCAUGGGUCUGGAUUCGUUCAGGUCUGUAGGAGGUGAAGGAUUAUAUAAACACGAUUAAUGGUACGUUUAAAAUAAAUAAAUAAAUAAAUUUAUCCACGUUUAGUUCUCCGUUUUUGUUUUUGGUGCGUUCAUUAGAAUAAACGUGGUUCUGUUAUUGGUUCUAUCUCACAGAUCACGUGUGUGUGUGUAUAUAUAUAUACACGAUAUGUAUCACGUUGAAUAUCGUUUAUUGGCACGUGCCUAAUUUUGUUUACGUUUCCUGGUCAUGUGACUCAGUGUUUUGUUGGUCAUCCAGUGAGUUUUAUUACAUUUAGGUGAAAUGUCGUGUUGAAUGGGCGUGUGCUGAUAUUACACCUUUAUAUCACGAAUCAAUGAAGUAAAUUUUAACGUCCAGCUGCGAGUAACCGUGGACAAAGUUUGGCAUCUAUAAUAAUAUAUAAAAUAAGAAUAAAAAGCGUAUCGGAGCGUAAUUUAUCGCAGUAUCAGGACCACAUGGUUCUGUAUAACGCUUCCCUUCCUGGUGAUGCAAAGAGUUCAUGAUGACAUCACGCAGGUCUCUCAUUACGACCUUAUUCGAAACUUAUCCUCGUUAUUGGUACUUUUUUAUUUUUCUGCGUGAACUUUAUCCUGGUCUUGUAGUUUAGGAGCGACGUUAGAGUCUCUGCUCAUGGAGGAUGUCUGUACAUAUGAAUGUUUAUCACGCUGCUCGUCUUUUUGUUGGUUUUUUUAAGACGUGAUGUUCUAAAUGAGCACUGGUGCACGUACGAUGCGUUACAGCGGCUUCUCCCGUUACUUGAAUACGUGUUGUGCUUUGCUCCGAAGUUUAAGCGGGCGAUAAUUCGAUUCGACCUGCCGAUGUGAUUCGAUUUGUGCGUCGACGCUGAAAUAUUCCGUUUCUCGUUUCGUGAUAAUUGUAACAUGAUCAUUUAUUCGCUGCUCAGAAGCGUUUCACUCGCUAACCAGUCCGCUUAGAUAUAAACUAAACUCGUACGUUAUCGGUGAGAUCGCAUCACGUUAGCUAAAUAUAAGCGUAGGAACGAUUUCUGGCGAUCUGCGAACAGAGAUAUAAUGCUACGAUACGUAUUACAUGAGCCGGUGUGGGCGGAGCUUCGUCACAAAUUCAACACACGUACAGUGAAAUAUCUCGCACACGUUUUUUUUUUUUUUUUUUUCCAUUCUGUAAUGUUGUUUUUAAAUUGUUUGCCGUACGGUGUAAAAGUACGUUACAUUUUUAUUCAUCACACUGUUGUAUUUUAAAGCUGCAAUAUGUAACAUUUUAGCAUUUGGUUCAUUUUAAUCAACUUAAGAUGGAACGCCUGUCAAGUACCCCCCCCCCCCCCCCCCCCAACAAAUUCUACAAGAUUGAACCACGGUUUAAUUUGAGUGACACGUCCAUAAACAUUCAGAUCUACAUAUUUAAGUCGUCCCCAAGGUGCUUGUGUAAAUCUGUUUUAUAAAUAAAUAAAUAAAAAUGGCAGGAUUAAAGGCUAAAUCCACUCAGAGUUCCAGCUCAGCGGCGACUUGGAAGACCGCCACAUAUUAAAUAAAUAAUUUUUUAAAAAUUUCUGUUAAAUAAUUUUCUAGUUUAAAAAAAAAAAUCUUCCUUUUAUUGUCAACAGUAACGUUUUGUUAAAAUAAAUAACGUCCUGCAGCUUUAAAAUAACGACGUGUUGGUGAGCAUUUUAACUGAAAAGUGAAGAAUCAUCAUUGUGUCCGUUCUUUCGAUGUUUUUACGAUGACGCUCUGAGAACGACGUACGGAGAUCGUUUAAAACAAUUUUCAUGCUGCUUUUUAAAUGUGAGCACAAUAACGCUACCUGCGAAGACGUCUUCGUCACGGACGUCUGGAACACAAGGGCGAGGAUCUUUAAACUUCCCUCGAUAACGGUAACGUAUGUGAAUAUUACGAUAUCGUGUAAGUGAUUAUCAGCACAGGCCUGGCUGAAGGCCGAGUCGUUUCCCGUUUUUAGGGAAGGGAGGUUGUUUUGGGGUUUUCCUCAUUGGUACGUUUUCAUUUUUCUUUUCUUGUGUCUGACUUCAUGGCUGUCCUUCAGUCCGCGUGUGUUUCAUGGAUAAAUCGGAUUUUUUGGGAUGAGGCGAAGGGGCGAAUGCCACAUGUUGUGUUUUUUGUUCCAUUUGUUUCCAACACGUAUGGGAAGAAAUUUUCAGACGUUUUCACACGUAUUUUAGAUCUCGGAAGAGGAAAGCUGUGUGCUGGUUUUUAUUAUUGCACAUUUUGAGCUAAAUGUUUUAUAUCUACUCUGAAAUGUAAAUAAAAAAGACUUAUUCUCAAA